CGCCCGCCCGCCCUCCUCUUCUCUGCUCUUUCUCGCCGUCCCCUCCCCUUGCGCGUGCGUGCACCGGCCUUCACCACCAUGCUUUUCUGCCCCGGCUGCGGGAAUGUUCUUCUGGUGAACUCGGACGCCAGUGACAUCGGCGACUUCCAGUUUGCUUGUCAGACAUGCCCCUAUGUGCAUUCGAUAAAGCGCAAGAUCUCCUCGCGCAUCAUCCUCAAGCGCAAGGAGGUGGAUGAUGUUCUCGGUGGCGAGGGCUCCUGGGAUAAUGUCGACUCGACGGAGGUGCCCUGCCCGAAGUGCGAUAACCGCCGGGCCUACUUCAUGCAAAUCCAGAUCCGCUCGGCUGAUGAGCCAAUGUCCACCUUCUACAAGUGCACCAAGUGCGCGGCCCAGUGGCGCGAAGGCUAAGUGGCAUGCCAGGGGCAAGGUAUCUGACGCCGUGGAUUCCUCGGCUCUGCUCCGCCCUUCCGACAGCAUGCUCACUCCUCGAGAGAUUUGCCCCGGGCAAGAAUACAAGCACAAAAUCUACCA